AUGAAAUUCCUCUGCCUCCAUGGAUAUGGAACGAAUAACAAGGUCUUUGAAAUGCAAACCGCUGCUCUACGGUACGAAUUAGGUACCCACCACACCUUUGAAUUUGUCGAAGGAACCGUUCCAGCACCCAUGGAUCCUGGUACGUACAGUCCUCAGCUUUCCACUCAUGAAGCUUCCCCCACCACCCAGACGCCAUUCCCCUCCACACCUGACUUUGAGGCCCACCCCUUUCUUACCACACCUCCACCACCCACACCAACGGCAUUUAACAACAACCUCCAUUUAAUCACCACUAAUUCAUCUUCAGAACUCCAAUCCCUUUUCUCCCCCUCUGAACAAGCAUUCUCAUAUUUCGACACUUUUUCCACUCAAUCCUGUCAAACCGCCCUCCAAAACCUCACCACCUACAUCCAAGUCGAAGGACCUUUCGACGCCAUCCUCGCCUUCUCCGCCGGCGCAACCCUCGCAGCAACCUACCUCGCUCAAUCGCCAAACCAUCCCUUCAAAUGCGCCAUCUUCCUCUCCGGUGUCUCCCCAAUCGAUCCUAUCGUCUUGAAAACAGGCGUCUUUCGGAGUCUAGACCCUGAGACGGAUGGCGAGAUGAUUGUCAUUCCCACGGCCCAUGUGUAUGGGAAGAGAGAUACGAAGUUUCCGGGUAGUAGUGCUAUCCUAGAGAAACUAUGUGUGGGAGAGAAGAAAGCGGUGUUGGUUCAUGAGGGUGGCCACCCGAUUCCGGGGAGUGCGAGUGAGCUUUCGGGGAUGGUUAGGGUGGCGAGGAGAGCGAUUCAUUGGGGUGAUUUGAAGGCUCGUUGA